UGCAGAUUCUGUGGACGUCAGUUCGACAACAUUGAGGACUUGCAGGUGCACAGUCAAGCACAUUUUAGCGAGAAGCCGCCACAUGUUUGUUAUGUCUGUGGAAAAAUGUACAGCACUCCUUCAAAAUUGCAACGUCAUGUUCGAGUCCAUAGUGGAGAGCGUCCCUACGCCUGUUCUAUCUGUGGAAAGAGGUUUACGCGCUCGGAUCACGUAAAACAACAUUUGAAGGUUCAU